AAUGUAACCAACAAAUCCCUCUCUCAGUAGUCAGUAAAACCAAGCACACACAUACAGAAAGCUCCACAAUCAUCAAAGACGAAACAAUGGCGAAAAUUGGGAGACAACUCCUCAUCGUUGCGCUGCUCUUUCUCGCCAUAGCAGUAUCUCAGGCAAAAAAAGCACAUGAAGAUUUGAAGGAAGUGACGCAGAAGGUUUACUUUGAUAUUGAAAUCGAUGGAAAACCUGCCGGUCGCAUUACUAUAGGUCUGUUUGGAAAAACUGUUCCCAAGACAGCAGAAAACUUUAGAGCCUUGUGCACAGGAGAGAAAGGUAUUGGCAAACACGGGAAGCCUCUGUAUUAUAAGGGAAGCAAAUUCCACAGAAUCAUACCAAGUUUCAUGAUUCAAGGAGGUGACUUCACUCUAGGUGAUGGAAGAGGCGGGGAAUCAAUCUACGGAGAGAAGUUUGCCGAUGAAAAUUUCAAGAUCAAGCACACUGGCCCUGGGAUUUUGUCCAUGGCAAAUGCUGGGCCCGACACAAAUGGUUCCCAGUUUUUCAUCACAACUGUGACAACAAGCUGGUUGGAUGGGCGCCACGUUGUGUUCGGAGAGGUGCUGUCUGGAAUGGAUGUGGUGUAUAAAAUAGAAGCUGAAGGUAAGCAGAACGGAACACCGAAGAAGAAAGUCGUUAUUGCAGAGAGUGGUGAACUUCCUUUGUAAGAAUAGCUAUCUAUAUAUUAGACAUUCUGCGGGUGAACUUAACAAGUGAUCGGGAUUUUCAUCAAGUUGCAAUGUUUUUAUGAGCAUGAACGCUUCAAAAUCAAAUCGAGAAACCUUGUACUGUCUGAAGCUGAAUAGGUUCAUCUUCUUCGUUUUUAUGCUUUCGUAUCUAGUACUUGACCGUAAGUUAAUCCUUCGUUGUAUUUCUCAAACUCACACAUUUUGUUUGUUCCCUUAUCAUAUGACAUGGUGACAUUUUUUCUUCUGA